CGAGGGUUGCUCGGCUCAGCUGCUCCACUAGUCAAGGCAUUCGCUUCGCGGCCGCGACCAUGAAAGCACGCGAUAUUUAUUCCACUGUUGCUAUUUUAUCAUUUAUCGGUGGUGUUGUCUCUCAGAGUGUUAACGAUGACCCCCAAGUGACCCUCAACGUCCAAGAGGACCAUCAAGAUCAUCAGGAAGCUUCUGUCCUGCUUCAAGAUCAAGGACAAGAUGUCCCAGCCACCCAAAUCGGUAAGUCUAGUGAUAAGGGCGAAGGGAUCCGAAGGUUCGACGCUGAAAUUGAAGAUAAAUCUGACGCUAAAGUCACUUCCAAUUUGCCAACUGACGAUCGGGUGAAGCGCGAGCCACUUUCUGAGCAAGACACUCGUGAUAAUGAUAAUGACUCACGGGUUCAUCAAACUCCGGAGUUGAUUCCUGUCAAGGUGGACCAGGUUCUCCAAUCGGAAGUUAAUUAUGCAAGAAAAUCGCUGCUUGUCGAUGAAGACGAGCCCAGGAAUGAAAGAAGUGACAAAGAGAAGAUUAAUAUUGACGAAAUUCCUGCGUCAGAUAUUCAGCAUUGGAAGGAACAGGCGGUACUUCUUCAACAGCAGAUUAAAAAUGAAAGCUACUUGUCGUUCCUCAGGGACGCGGAAAUCCUUCCGGGAGUGCCGAAAUUUACCGAGAUUCAAGUUUUAGAUUUGUUGAAGAAAGUUGCACCUAAAAAACUUGACGAGUCUUUUUUUGAUAAAGCAAACACUUCUGCGCUGAGCAAAGAGCAACUGGAAGCGCUGAAAUGCGCGGAAGGUUUUGUUAAGGAAAACCAGAGGAAAGGCUUCGCAGAUGAUAUGCUUGAGUGUAUUCGCGGGUUGAACUUCAUGAACUGCAUGAGGAUCUUCAUCUGGCCAAUAAUCGUAGACAAUGUUCCAGAAUCGAUUACCCAGCGAUUUCCGACGUUGCCUUUAGAAUUCUCGUUGUCGGAUUUUUUGCCGGCGAAUCGCGAAACCCCGAAGAUUGUCCGAGCUACUGCGGGUGCUCCUCAACAACGGCUGAUUUCUCCAGAGCUGGUGAUCUCCAACAUCCUGAAGGACGCGUUGGAAGGCGGAAAUUUGAAAGAUUACGAGAAAAUCCCGACGUAUAUUGACGAAAAGAACGAAACUUUCGCUCAGAUUCUGACCCCGGGUCAGCUUGAGAUUCUCCAGUUGGCGGAAAAAUUCCUGCCAGAGUCCUUGAGACAGGACUACGCCAAUAGAAUGUACUCUUGCGUGACGAGGUUCGAGUACUUCAGCUGCAUAAAAUUCUUCACUUGGCCGAUGAUAAAGCAGAACUUCCCGGCGCUUCCAGAGUUUCCGGACUACCAGAGCUGGUAUCCAGCGAGUAUGAACGUCUUUCCGGGGUACCCAUUGAUCCCCUUUCCGGAUAAUCCAUCGAAGGACGGCGAGCUGCCAGAAGUCAUCGAGGCAGAGUUCAAGAAUCGGCGACCACGCCCUGAGACAUUGAUAGUUCAUAUUUUGAAAAAUACGUUAGAUCAGCAGCCGAGACAGCAACUAUUGUCAUCAGCAGUCCGCUUGCAGGAUGAUAAUAUUAAGGCGAUGACCAAAGAACAGCUGGCUUCGAUUCAGAUGGCUGAGCAGCUGAUUCCUAUUGAGCAUCGAGCGGAGUUUGUCAAUACCAAUGUCGAUUGCAUGAGACAGUUUAAUUAUCUGACCUGUCUUAGGUACGUGACCUGGCCGACUGUCAGGAAAUGGAAGCCUAGCAUGCCGCAUUGGUCCGAACUUUUCGGUCAGUUCGCUCAGUUCGGAAUUCCUGAUUUUAUUUCGUCUACUCCCUCCUCUACCACGAUCACUAUACCCACUUAUCCUAUUUGGUUUCCUGGAGGUGGGGGAUCCAUUGGAGGGCUAGAAGGUGGAGCCAUUGGAGGGUCUAUUAGUGCUGGAGGAGCAGGUAGUGGACUCGGAGGAGGUGGUGCCAGUUCUGGAGGUAAUGGAGGUUCGAAUCACGGAGGUGCGGCAGCUGGAAGCGGUUCUGGAGGAAGUGGGGGUUCAAAUCAAGGAGGUAUGAUAGUUGGAAGCGGUUCUGGAGGAAGCGGGAGCUCUAAUCAAGGAGGUGCGAUAGCUGGAGGAGGAAAUGGUGGAAGUAGUUCUGUAGCAAGUGGAGGUUUUAAUCAGGGUUCCAGCGGCGGUUCCGGAGGAAGUGCUGUUAAUAUUAUUGAAGGAAGUAAUCAAGGGGUUACGGCUCAACCUGGAAAUGGUGGAAUCAUUAUUAUUAUUCCUGGGCAAUCGGGAGGAUCUGGAAGCUCAAGUGGAUCCAGCAAUACAGGAAGUUCUGAAGUUUCUAGCGGUAGCAACUGGGCUAGUGGAAGUCAUCAUCAAAUUUCGGGAGGCACUACAGGAGGUUCCAGUGGGAGUCACUGGGGUUCAGGAGGAGGAGGAUCUGGUGGUCAAAGUGGUUCCGGCAGUUCUGGAGGACAAGGAAACACUGGUGGAAGUGAUAUUAGUGGAGGAUCUGGAACUGGAGGUUCAGGUGGUACUGGAGGUAUUAGUGGUGGAUCUUGGGAAAGCAAUCACGGUGGUUCUACUGUUAGUCAAGGUGGCUCAACGUCAGGAGGUUCUGGAGGAAACGGUGGUAAUCAAGGUGGUGGCGUUACAAUAAUCAUUCCUCCAGGAGGAUCUGGAGGACAUCAUCAUGGAUCUGGUAUUCACCACCAUGGAACUGGAGGCUCUACUGAAUCUGGAAAUCAAGGUAGUCACGGAAGUCAGUGGGGUUCCGGAAACCAAUGGCAAAGUGGAGGAAGUUGGGGUUCUAGUGGUAGACCACCAGGAUUACCUGGAAUAUCUGGAGGAUCGGGAGGUAAUCAAGGAUCUGGUGGAGGAAGUUGGGGUUCUGGUGGUGGACCUGGAUUCCCAGGAUUACCUGGAAUAUCUGGAGGGUCUGGAGGUAAUCAAGGAUCCAGUGGAGGAAACUGGGGCUCUGGCGGAGGUUCGACCGGCGGAUCCGGAAUAUCUGGAGGGUCUGGAGGUAAUCAAGGUUCUGGUGGAGGAAACUGGGGCUCUGGCGGAGGUUCAACCGGCGGAUCCGGAAUAUCUGGAGGGUCUGGAGGUAGUCAAGGAUCCAGUGGAGGAAACUGGGGCUCUAGCGGAGGUUCAAUCGGUGGGUCCGGAAUAUCUGGAGGAUCUGGAGGUAAUCACGGAUCCAGUGGAGGAAACUGGGGCUCUAUCGGAGGUUCAAUCGGUGGAUCCGGAAUAUCUGGAGGAUCUGGAGUCAAUCACGGAUCUAGUGGAGGAAACUGGGGCUCUAGCGGAGGUUCAAUCGGUGGAUCCGGAAUGUCUGGAGGAUCUGGAAGUAAUCAAGGAUCCAGUGGAGGAAAUUGGGGCUCUAGCGGAGGUUCAAUAGGUGGAUCUGGAGGAUCUGUAGAUCAUCAAGGAUCUAGUGGAGGAAACUGGGGCUCUAGCGGAGGUUCAAUAGGUGGAUCUGGAGGAUCUGUAGAUCAUCAAGGAUCUAGUGGAGGAAACUGGGGCUCUAGCGGAGGUUCAAUAAGUGGAUCCGGAGUAUCUGGAGGAUCUGGAGGUAAUCAAGGAUCCAGUGGAGGAAAUUGGGGCUCUAGCGGAGGUUCAAUAGGUGGAUCUGGAGGAUCUGGAGAUCAAGGAUCCGGCGGAGGAGGCAUAGACAUCAGCGUUGGAAGUUCAGGCGGCAGUCACGUGACCGGCGGAGAAGGAUCAAUCUCAGGUUCAGGAGGUGAUCAAGGAUCCACUGGUGGGAAUGGAUCGGGUGGAGACAUAAAUGUUGGUGGUUCUGGAGACGGUCAAGGAUCUGGAGGAGUGUCAGGUGGUUCCGAAAUCGAUCAAGGAUCAGGUGGAGGCAUAGACGCUGGUGGUUCAGCGGGAGGUGAUGGCGGUAACCAAGGCGGUUCUGUAGGCGAAUGUACAUGUUGUCCAACAAGAACUACCAAUACCAGAGAUUCUAUCCAGUAUCUCAAAGGAAUCGAACCAAAAAUCAUCGACAUUCUUCACAGUCUACGUUAUUCAAUGAUAAACUCUCCAAUUCAUCGUACAUUUAUCGCCGACAGACAAAUGAUGUCUCAAACGCGACUCACCAAUGAACAAUUGACCAUUUUAGAACUAUCCGAAAGCAUGGUUCCGUUUUCAGCGCGCCGCGAUCUCAUCUCCCGAUCACUAGGUUGUCUUCAAGGAGGUGCUGACUUUAUGAUCUGCACCAAAAACGUUAUCUGGCCGUUCCUACAACUCUACAUCGAAAACAUUCCCGAAUUUCCUGCAAGCACCGAAGCAUCUGCUAUCAACAACUACAAAUUUCAGUCAGCAGGGGAAAAACAUGGGCUAUUUGCGAGGAAAAGUCAACAGCCGAUUACAAACCGGAGGAUUUCUUCUUCCCACGGCAGUUUUGGACUCCUGAGGUAUCCUAACAUUCAAAUUGCAGCACGAACGCCUUUGCAGUCAGGUAUCUCAGCUAAAUCUGACGAUCAGCCAAUAAUUUCCGUCACUGGCACCCGAUUUGUGCCAAUUUACUCCGACCAUCCCGAGGGAAUUAUUCUAAAUAUUCUCAAUGCAAUGGCAAAAUCUAAAUCCGAAGCUCAAGAAUUCAGCAGCAAAAUCGCCAACUUUCCAGAGCUUCUGAGUCCAGCGAACCAACAACAAGAAAGUAUUCUGAAAUUGAGCGAAAGCCUGCUCCCAGAGAAUGCUAGAACAAGUUUUUUUGAGAACAUGCUGACCUGCUUGCGUUCAAACGAGUUUAUCGUCUGUUCUCGUGAUAUAAUGUGGCCUCAAUUGAUCGAGUACUAUCCAAGGAUGCCCAGUUUUCCGGCAUUCCAAAGGAUUCUAAACUCUGGAGCUGCUGGAGAUCACCUCCAACCGAUAGCAGACAACGCGGCGCCUAUUGCUGAGACAAACGUCAAGACAGACCAAGCUGGCGACGCGAUGAUCACGAUUACAGACACCCAAUUCGUGCCAAUCAGCGAAAGACCGGAAGAAGUUCUGUUGAAGCUUCUUAAGUCCAUGGAGUCAUCAACCCAGAAUCCUUCUUACUCAUCAAUCGCCAAGUCUCCUGCAUUUGGCACCCAGUUUACUAAAUCCCAGUCUGAUGUUCUUGUAACUGCGGAAAAUUUGCUGCCUCCAACAUUCCGGGAGGUCUUUAUCAUCCGAAUGAGUGAUUGCACCCGCGGAAACAGUUUCUUGGACUGCAUGAGAGACAUCUCUUGGCCUACUUUAGGCCAGUUCUACUCCCGUCUGCCGAGUUUCCCGAACAUAGGAACUGGAGUGAACUUACCAGCAGAGAAGCCACAGCAGUCAGCUCUGCUUCCUCCUCACGUAGAGCCAAAUUACGCUGAACAAGUCCCAGAGAGGAUUGAGUUCCUUCCUCUGUCUCAGUAUCAGUCGAAUAACUUCCAACCUUUCGGGCUGAAUCCAUACACCGCGGAGUACUUGGGAUUACAACAACAAGCAUCAACUUCGUCAGUAGGGUCAACAUUAACACCAGCAUUUGCCGAGCAACCUAAAACUCUUCUAGAUAUUUCCCAAGAGAAUACUCUUCAAAAUUUGACCCGUGUACGCAGAAAUAUAGACAACCAAUCAAAUGUUAAUUUAACUGAGACGGAUUUUAUUGAAUUGUUGAACAAAAUCCUAGAGAAGAAUCCAGAAACUGAUUCCGAGAAGCCAUUUGUUGAGACGCUUAAUUCAACUGUCAAGGACUUGCUAACUGAUGAUCAAUUGAAGAUUUUGAACAUGACGGAGCGGCUGGGAAUUUACAAUACUCGGGGAAUAAUGGGUCAAGUGAUUAAUUGCAUCACCGGGCUUAGUUUCAUAAGGUGCUUGGGGAUUUUCAUGGUACCUGUCAUCAUGAACAUGCUGCCAAGUCUAGGUCUUGGUUUGCCUUUUGGUCGAUCGAAUUCGGACAAUGAAGAUGAUCUGAUGAAGAGCAAGGAAUCAAUAGAGAAUCUUCUGCUUGAUUGGUACAAAAGCCUAACUCAAGAGAAGUUCUCGACGUCUUUUGGGCUUUUGGAGUUCCAAGGCUACGGAAACGGAGAGAUAGGAGUCAAAUUGUCGGGAUUUAGGCAAGCUAGAGCCAGGAUAAAGGACCACAAAAAUUUGCCGAGUAUUCUGACGAUAAUCAGCGAUAUUAUGGAGGACGUGCUGGACCCAAAGCCCGAGAAUGUCAAGGUCAAGAAGAUCAAGCGGCAAAGGAGUUUAAAAUUGAAUUCUUUUGAUGAAGCGAAUAGCGAUGAUAGAAUCAUCCAAAUGCUCUUAGAAAGGCUGAAAGCCAACAAUACCAACGUUGAUGGUGGUGCAAAUAAUGAAAAGAAGUAUUUGACGAUAGAAGACGCCUAUCGCGCAUUCGAAGUUCUUUUUGGCGCGAAAUUCAAGGGCAGGCUUUUGGAGGAAGAAGCUUAUCAAAAUGACAACUUUGCAGAGAAUUCUGCUAAAACUUCGACGGAAAAUGAAAAAAAGAAGGAUGAAUUGGUCAUAAAGUUACCUCAGUUGAAUGAAAACAUUGAAUUAGCGAGGAAACUUACGAAAACUGUGACAGAAUUGUCGAGACGGAUGAAAAAUAACAUGAUGCAAAUGGCGCCUGGUGUAGGACUUGCAGUUACUUUUCUCUUGCAAGUGGCGCUAGCUCACGCGCGCGCAGCCGCGUCGGUUGCCGAAGUCAUCAGCAAUAUGGCGCUGGGCUCCGCCAUGUUUACUUUCAUGCGUCAGACAUGGUUCGCACCUGCGCAACAGCCCAAAGUUCACUAUAUUCACAAUCACGAGCCGUCUGAAGCGGGGAUUAAUUGGUCUUAACGUUUUUUAGGUUAUCUAGAAGAGAUUUAUGAUUAAAAUGAUCGACAAAUCUACUGGGGAGGCUGCAAUAUUAAUUUAUCGGGGGUUUGGGUAAUGGGUAUUAUUUAAACAAUUUGUGAUUCUGUAAUAAUUAACUUACGAGAUUCAUACAUAUCUUCAUCCA